GUUUUAGUCUUAAUGUGAAGAAACUCUGAAAACCUGUGGAAAUAUCAUGUCUGUGUUCAAAGAAGAGUCGGAUGAGGACUGCAGUCUGCAGAACACCAUCAGGAUUCCUGGAACACAAAGAAAAGUUCAGAACAAAUGGAAGCUCUUUAACGAGAUGAACACCAAUCUGGACCCAGCAGAACCAGAACCUCAACAGAUGAAAGAGGAACCAGAAGAGCUGUGCUGUAAUGAGGCGGGAGAACAGGAGGAGUUCAAAUCUGAGUUGUUUGAUCGUCAGCAUCACCUGGGGAGCAUCAUUAUGAAUCCCGUUAGAAAGGUGCAAACAACAGGUGUUCAACACCAACAUGUCUGUGAGGAUGACGAGGAAUGGCAGCUAUAUAAGCAGGAGCGACACUCCAGUCUGGACCAAGCAGAACCAGAACUUUCACAGAUCAAAGAGGAACCAGAGGAACUCUGCAGUAACCAGGAGGGAGAGCAGCUGCUCCUGAAUCAGGAGACUGAUGUGAAGAUGGAGUUCAAGUCUGAUUUGUUGGAUCAUCAGCAUCACCAGAGGACAAUGAUCAGGAUUCCUGUAGUAAAUCUGCAAAGCAUAGACCCAUCAGAGAAAAACAUCUGUAAGGUGGAGACUGAUGAUGAGCAGCUUCUCUGGAAGCAGGAGAGGAGCUCCAGUCUGGAUGAAGAGGAUCCAGAGCUUCCACUGAUCAAAGAGGAGUGGGAGGAGGUCUGCAUCGGUGAGGAAGGAGAGGAGCUGGAACUGAAGGAGGAAAAUGAUGAUUUCAUGGUCACUGAGGAUGAUCAGGAAAACAUGGACUCCAAACCAGAACCAAUUGAGAACCUAGUUCUGGAAGCAAACACCCAGUUCAGAAACAUUGAUGCUGUGACUGUCCAGCUGGACUCUCCUUCACACGGGACUUCACAUUCCUGUGACACAUGUGGAAAGGUUUAUACUAGACGUAGUAAUUUGAAGACUCACAUGAGAAUACACACUGGUGAAAGGCCUUAUUCUUGCAAAGUAUGUGAAAAGAGUUUUGUUCAAAGUACUGCCUUAAAUGUCCACAUGAGAACUCACACAGGUGAGAGGCCUUUUACCUGUAAAGUAUGUGAAAAAAGCUUCAUUACUAAUAGUGACUUAAAAGUUCAUCUCAGAACUCACACAGGUGAAAGGCCUUUUACUUGUGAAGUAUGUGGGAAAAGUUUCACUCAAAGCAGUGACCUAAAAGUUCACAUGAGGACACACACAGGUGAGAAGCCUUAUUCUUGUAAAGUAUGUGGCAAAAGCUUCAGUCAAAGUUGUAAAUUAAAAACCCACAUGAGAACACACACCGGUGAGAGGCCCUAUUCUUGUGAAGUAUGUGGAAAAGGUUUCCCCUCAAUUAGUGAAUUAAAAAUCCACAUGAGAACUCACACAGGUGAGAAGCCUUUUACCUGUAAAAUAUGUGAAAAGCUUUUCAGUACAAGUAGUGACUUAAAAAUCCACACAAGAACUCACACAGGCGAGAAGCCUUUUUCCUGUGAAAUUUGUAAGAAAGCUUUCAUCCAGGCAAGAAGUUUGACCGAUCACAUGAGAACUCACACCGGUGAAAAACCUUUUAUUUGUAGAGUAUGUCAAAAACGGUUUAUGCAUAGAGCUGCCUUAAAUGUCCACUUGAGAACUCACACAGGUGAAAGGCCUUUUACCUGUGAAGUAUGUCAAAAAAGUUUCAUCUCAACCAGCGACUUAAAGUCUCACAUGAGAACUCACACAGGUGAAAGGCCCUUUCUUUGUACAGUCUGUGAAAAAACGUUUAUUAAAAGUAGUCAUUUAAAAGUCCACAUAAGAACUCAUACAGGUGAGAGGCCUUUUUGCUGUGAAGUUUGUGUAAAAAGUUUCCCAACACGUAGUGAAUUAAAAGUCCACAUGAGAACUCACACAGGUGAAAAGCUUUUCACCUAGAAGUAUGUGAAAAAGGAUUAAAUUAAAGUAGUACAGGGAAAAGCCAACGAACUCUCAUAAGUUAGACCUUAUUUGGAAAGUAAAGUAUGUUUCACUGCAAGUAGUGACUCCAAUAUCCACUACUGAACCCAAACAGUUGACUCUACUUGUAAAGUCUGUUAAAAAGUUACAGUAAAGAAAAGAUAUUCAAUUUAAAACCAAAGUAAAAACCCAGCUGAAAGGCCUGUUACAUGUAAAUAAGUUUCAUUGCAAGCCCUGACUUUAAUGUCUUCGUGAGCACUCACACAGGUCAAAGAAGUCAUUUUUUUUUUGUCUUUUUCAUUAAAUCUUUAAAUUACACUGCCCAGACAAUUCUUUGUUGUGAAUUUUGUGGAAUAUUUUUCAAUAAAAAGUUUUUUUGUGGAUCAAUGAUUUUAUAUAUUGAAAAAAUAUGUUUAUUUUAUCAGAGUUUUAUAUAUACCUGUAAGCAAAAUUUCAAAACAGCAUUAUCUUUUUUUGUAAAGUAAAAACAAAUAAAACAAAUGGUUUUUUUUAUGUAAAAGAUACAUUUAUCAGGAUUCACAAAGAUAGAAGACCAGUUUCUCACAUGAAGAUUUUGAAUAAUAAAUUACCUUUUCAUUCAAUUGUGUGAGAUAUUGCAUUACGCUAUGACAAUCAUUUUUUCUUAAUGUGUAUGUAAAAAGUUGCAAAUGUGUAUUUAAAUCAUAUAUUAAACAAAACUAUAAUAAACUGCUGAAAACGCUUGAAAAUGUUCUGUAAACAGGCAUUUGACUUGGAACUUGGAUCGUUGUGAUUUACUGUUUGUGGAGUUUUGUUUUUUUACCUAAAGAGAAAAAUACGUCAAGAAGACAGUGUUGCCCUUUUGUGUGGCAAUCUGGCUCCGUUCUGGGAUGUCCCCUUGAGUCUGUGACUGUGGUGAGUGAAAAGGAGGAUAUAUCAAAAACUGAAAUCCAACAUGGACAAUCCUCAUCAUCGUUUUCAUGAGAAAAGGAACUAGACAAUGCUAGAAUAUCCACAAAAAUCAGCAUAUUAUAAAUUACAUUUACCCCCUUUAAGCAUAAGACUAAUAGAUUUUCAUUGACUUUUCAUAGAGUAUGGUUGGGGAUUCCGUACCAGAUGAGUGUCUUUGUUUAAUUACAAAGUGAUUUAUGAUCCUAGCAGUGUAAGAAUGGUCUACAGUUGUCCUUCCAUAAAUGUUGUAUUACUGAACAAUCCUUGAAUCCCUCCUUUCAGUUUGACAGCAAAGGAGCUGUAUAAGGUCUAUCUUCAAAGGCAGAUAAGAUUGAGAAAAUGGGCGCACAAACGUGGUUGAAGAACAGAUACUGCAGCAGGACCUUAAGGUGGAACUGUAUGUAAAUAUUCAUUUGUUACAUGUAAAAUAUAUUAAAUCUUUUUUUAAUUUCAGGAAA